UGAUGGCCGCAGUGCAAGGGUCUUGGUGUCAAGGUGCUGGUCGAUGCUCCGCGAAUUAGUGUUAGAGAACAUUUACUUGCUGAACAAUGUCUGCGAAUGCAGCGCUAAGCUCAAGACUUGAGCAGUGAAUAAUAUUUGAUCUCAGAGCGAGUGACAGUGCCUCUCUCCUGGCGUUGGUGUUCACCGCUGCUUCCGGUACGUUUAUAAGAAGUGAUCAGAAUGGCCAACACGGGGCCGGCCUGGCAUCCAUGCUCGUUGCAGGAGCAGUUUGAAAGAUCGAUGCGAUUAGACUCUUCACCUUAUUCAUCUCUGGAUAAUAACUAUCGCCGCCGCCAAUGUCGGAGUGGGAGUUCGACGCCUACAUCGACCCCAACACUAAGUCGGAGGGCAACUCCACCCUACUCCCGACACUCCACACCGUCCACGCCCAUAUUCAGCCGAAAAUCAACCCCGCCCUGCACCCGACACACCGGCCCCUCCAGUCGAACCCGUCUUCUGGGUGUCCCAAGACAGUCCUCGGAGUCAUUGGCAGGCUCCGUGGCCAGCAGUCGAGCUAGCACGCCCUCGAGGUCGACUCGAAGACACCACAGCAGAAGCUGCUCCCCACGCCCGCAAUCCGAGUCAGACGCCCUAGAGUCGCCUGUGAUUCAGCAGGAAGCCUUCACGCGCGCCAUCCUUUAUCCUUCGUCCCUUCAUCGGAACCUUCGUCUCGCCGCCAUGGUCUUCGUGAUGGCGCACGUGUCCUUCAAGACGUUGGUUCCUUGGGCACUCAGCCCCAUCCUCAGCAGGAUCUCGUUCGACUGGACUCCUCGCUCCAUCAGCGUCGGCAUUCCGUAGCGUGCAAAGCGCCUAAGGCUAAAUUCCCCUGGAAGAGGUGGGAGGCCAGGCGCUUUCCGUAUGUCAAGAUAUUGUGAGUUACGCCUGCCCUUUAUGGAGCAUUUGUUAUGACACUUCACAAAUAGUUUUGAGAUUACUAUUUAUUUUCCGUGCUACCAUUUUUUUCUUUUUUUUUAAGAAUGAGCCUCUGUAAACCACCGCCGCCUGUAUGUCUGACAAUAAUGAAAUUUUCAUCGGCUUCUCAGAGAAUUGCUUUCCUAGUCACAACUAUUAACUGAGAUUAUGUGAGGAUUUAACAAGCUCAGACCGAGUGAAUGAACCUGUGUGUAGUGAUAAAUAGUGAACAUAAUCCACC